UCAGAGGAAUCAAAUAUGGAGGUUGAGUGUGACGUGUGAAGUAACUCGUGGUGUCGUUUAACAGGUAGUGAGGUUAGCUAGAGGUUGGUUACUUUUUUGUAGCUCGUGGUUUCAUGUGAGUGAAGCUGUGGAUUUAGUUGACCAAUUUUGUGUGCUUUGUGUGAUGCGUUAUUGAAAGAGGGAUUAUUAGGGAUUUGUCUUGUAUGGUUCGAAUUAGGUUGGUGAAAUUUUCAGAUUGAGCUGAAGAUAAAUUAUGGAGGCGAAAAGUUGCAUGAAUGAGGUGUGUGGAGCGGCCAAGUCCACUGAGUGGAGGAAAGGUUGGGCUCUGCGAUCUGGCGAAUUCGCUGUUCUAUGUGAUAAGUGCGGGUCCGCAUUUGAGCAGUCAAUGUUUUGUGAUGUGUUUCACUCGAAGGAGUCAGGUUGGAGAGAGUGCACUCCAUGUGGCAAGCGUCUCCAUUGUGGAUGCAUUGCUUCCAAGUCUUUAAUUGAACUUCUUGAUAGCGGGGGUGUCAGCUGUUUAAACUGCGCAAAAAAAUCAGGACUUGAUUCUUUGGCUUGUGAUGAAAAGCCCAAUGGAUUUGGCACCCUGAAGGCCGAUAAUGCUGGUGAUUUGCAAUCAAUGUCUGUGGACAACCACGUGGGUGGUAGCGUUGAAAAAAUGAAGCUUAUGCAGUUGGGCAGUACUUCAAAUGGUGUGGGGCUUAGACACUUGCUUCAAUUUCAAAGCGAUGACCCAGAUGAGUCUUUUGGUAAAAUGAAACUGGAGGAAUCUGCCAAGCCAGACAUUUCAAAGGCAAAUAUGGGGGCAAAGGAUAUUUAUGAAUCUCUAGCACAGACAAACUUAAGCAUCACCCUUGGUUCUUCUGGAGGAAACUUGAACCCUUUUCCUGGUGUUGUUGACGAGAAGGAACAUAAUAAGUCAUCUUCUGUAAUUCAACAAGGAACUAGGGCUCGUCAUCUUUUGCCUAAGCCUCCAAAGUUAGCCCUUUCCACAGGUUCAGAGGCAAAUGUUGGUAUAUCCCAAAUUCGUGUUGCUAGGCCACCUGCUGAAGGACGAGGCAGGAGUCAGUUGCUUCCUCGUUAUUGGCCCAGGAUUACAGACCAAGAAUUGCAGCAAAUAUCUGGAGACUCAAAUUCUACUAUUGUUCCUCUGUUUGAAAAGGUUUUAAGUGCCAGUGAUGCUGGUCGCAUUGGCCGUUUGGUUCUGCCUAAAGCAUGUGCUGAAGCAUAUUUUCCUCCUAUCUCUCAACCAGAGGGCCUUCCUCUGAGGAUUCAAGAUGUGAAGGGAAAGGAAUGGGUCUUUCAGUUCAGAUUUUGGCCCAAUAAUAACAGCAGGAUGUACGUUUUGGAGGGUGUAACUCCUUGCAUACAGUCCAUGCAGUUGCAAGCUGGAGAUACUGUGACUUUUAGCCGUAUGGAUCCAGAAGGAAAGCUUGUUAUGGGAUUUCGUAAAGCAUCAAACUCUGUUGCAAUGCAGGAUACCCAACCUUCUGCCAUUCCUAAUGGUGGUCAUUCAAGUGAAAGUUUCUUUUCGGGUGUUUUUGAGAACCUAUCUAUAAUAAGUGGUUACUCUGGCGUUCUUCAGUCACUAAAGGGAAGCGCUGAUCCCCACCUAAACGCAUUGUCCAAACAUUUGAACUCCACUUCUGGUGAUAUUAACUGGCUUAAAUCUGAGAAGUAUGAAGAUAAGACAAGGGAGAGCUUGCUGCUGCCUUCAAUGCUGGUACCAGAAAGAAAAAGAUCUCGAAAUAUUGGGUCAAAAAGUAAGAGAUUGCUCAUGGAUAGACAAGAUGCUUUGGAGCUCAAACUUACUUGGGAAGAGGCACAGGAUAUGCUUCGCUCACCACCCAGUGUCAUGCCCAGCAUUAUCACAAUCGAAGACCAUGUUUUUGAAGAAUAUGAAGAUCCUCCAGUUUUCGGGAAGAGGAGCAUUUUUGUAGUUCGUACAAAUGGUUUGAUGUUCAGGGGACAAGAGCAAUGGACUCAGUGUGAUGGUUGUUCUAAAUGGCGAAGGUUGCCAGUUGAUGUUCUUCUUCCACCUAAAUGGACAUGUAUGGAUAACAAAUGGGAUCCGACUAGGUGUUCAUGUUCGGCACCAGAUGAACUGACUCCCGGGGAGCUGGAAAACCUCCUCAGACUAAACAAGGAUUUCAAAAAACGGCGACUGGCAACAAGUCAGAGGCCGAAUCAAGAGAGUGAACCUUCUGGUAUGGAUGCAUUGUCCAAUGUGGCAAUACUUGGAGACAACAUGGGUGACCCAGGCACUGCAUCAGUCGCAACGACAACUAAACACCCAAGGCAUCGUCCUGGCUGUUCAUGUAUUGUAUGCAUUCAGCCCCCUAGUGGGAAGGGCAAGCACAAGCCUACAUGCACAUGUAAUGUGUGUAUGACAGUUAAACGUCGAUUUAAAACCCUCAUGAUGCGCAAGAAGAAACGCCAAUCUGAGCGUGAAGCAGAGGUUGCGCAGAGAAAUCAACCAACUUGGGCUCCCAAAGAGGAAGCCGAAGCCGAAGUAGACAGCAAUUCUAAGCAUGCAUCACCACACCUGGAUCCUUCAGAGAACGAAGCCAGGUCUGCAAAUGAAUUAGAAUCCAAGAGCCAAAGUAACAAUCUUCCCAACAAAGCGGCCGAAGCUGGUAAGGGACAGAUCGACUUGAACUGCCAUCCUGAUCGAGAAGACGCACAAGCCGGGUCGAACCGCCUGAGCAUGAUGAAACUUCUUCAAGUGGCAACCCUUCCUUUGGAGAAUUAUUUAAAGCAAAAUGGUCUUACAAGCUUGAUGGCUGAACAACAAACAAGUUCAACAUCACAGGCUCCACCCCAAGCUGCUGGGGAGAGCGAGGGACGGGUCAAUGAGUUAGCUUCUGCCACUCAAGAGCGAGAGAGUGGGGGAGAAGAAGAUAAUAGUGGAUCUGGACCAGAUCAAAACCCAAAUGAUCCUCAAUAGAAAUUUCC